UGCCCAGAAGAAGGAGAAGAAAAGAAAAAGAAAGAAGGAAACUAGCUGAAGGAACGGUAAGGAGAGCAGAGCAAAAAGGAGAGCAAAAGGAAUAUGAAAAGGAGGGGAAAGCAGAAGAAGAGCAAAAGAAAAUGAGGGGAAGCAGAAGGAGAGCAAAAGAAAAGGAAUGGAAAGCAGAAGCAAAGCAAAAGAAAAGGACAGGAAAGCAGAAGGAGAGCAAAAGAAAAGGAGAGGAAAACAGAAUGUUAGCAAAAGAAAAGGAGGGGAAAGCAGAAGGAGAGCCAAAGAAAAGGAGGGGAAGCAGAAGAAGAGCAAAAGAAAGGGAAUGGAAAGCAGAAGGAGAGUAA